AUUGGAGUGAGAGCAAGCGUUCUCAGACCAAUUGCCGCGAGAGAGAGAGAGAGAGGAGAGGGAAGAGGUUGUCCUGGUGAUGCUCAAGAGGAACAGGGGCUGUGGCGAUCGGGGAAGAGCGGUGGCGCUUUGAUUCUUUGAUUACUGUGAUGGAGAGGGACUUUCUGGGCAUGGGUGGAGCUGAUUCCGGUGCCAAAGAUAGCAGCGGCGGACGCCUGGACUCAGGUUUCUCAGUUUUGCAGGGGCCCUUGUCUUAUAAGGCAUCUUCUAUGCAGCAAUUCAAGCAAUUUAAGACUGAGCAAGUGGAAAAGCCCAAAAAUGCCUUGUUUGAUCUGAUUUCAACCAAUGCAUUUCACCGUAUUGGCGCCUUUGCUGCUAAUUCAAAAGCUUGUGCUGUGCAAGCACCUCAGAAAUCCCUGGCCAUGGAUAGGCACAAUGUUCAGCAAUUUGUCAUCCAUAAUUACCAGAACCAAGACAUAGAUAACUACCGUGCUUCAGCUCAACUCGUUCCAGGUUCUCUGACUUCCAUGCCCAUUGGCAUGACCAGUCCUUUGUUUAAGAUUUAUAGCUCCUCCAAUGUCCCUAAUCUCACUGUCACUGCGGUAAAGCCGCAACCUUUUCGAUCAGUGGUUGCAAGUAGCAACUCUUUAUUUGGAGAAGGCGUUGGAUCCUUCACUCCAAGGAAUGUUGUGAAAACUACUCCAACCACUGCACAACUCACAAUAUUUUAUGCGGGUUCAGUGAACGUAUAUGAUGAUGUCCCUUGGGAUAAGGCCCAAGAUGUUAUGCUUAAGGCAAGUGAAGGGUCCAAAGCAACUACAAAUGCUCUUCCCCGUUCUAAAGGGUCACUUUGUGAUGGCUUGAUAGUUUCGCAAACUCCGAAGACACUCAAUAAUCAUGUGGCGUCGUCUUGCUCAGGCCUUUUGAACACACUUUCUCUUGCUUCUUGCAAAGGAAACCAGUCCGAGAGUGCCUCUAUGACCACUGAUGAUAAGGUUGGGGCAAAGAGGACUGGAACUCCGGUUUCAACUAGACAGGAUGAAACCUCAAUGACUAUGAACAAUUCCAUGGCAGCAGCUGCUACUGCUACAAUCACGCCAAGGGCUGUACCUCAGGCUCGGAAGGCCUCAUUAGCUAGAUUCCUGGAGAAACGGAAGGAAAGGGUGAGCAACACAAUGCCCUAUUCAUUUGACAAAAAGCCCUCCGAGAAAGUUCCUGAUGUUGCAGUUCCCUUUACUGAUUGUUCAGUUCCGCAAGUCUCUCUCUCAAAAAACCAGGAUUUUUCAUGGCUCAAAGGCCAAGCAAAGAACUGUGAUGAUAAAGGCGAGUUCCCAAGCACCAAACUGGAGAUGUAAGCUUGUUUUCAUCCUCAGCAAAUCAUCAUCUUAUGCAACUGUAGCCAGAUUUCAUUUUUUUUGUAUCUUCUAAAUAUCAGGCGCUGUACACACUAAUAUUUCAUAUUUUUGAUGUUGAUUAAGACAUUAUAAGCUGUUGAGUAUGAGUGGUUCUGGCCUACCCUGAAAGAAGAGCACAGCUAUGUAUGAUCAAAAUCUUUUUUUUUCCCUUCUUUCUUUCCUUCUAUUCCCAGUUACAGUAAUGAUAUCUGAUUAUGGAUCUUUCUUUUCUAUAUAUAUAUAGUUUCUUCUUUGCA